UUGUUGUUCCUGUGGUCACGACAUACGGAAAUUUAAGGAGAUAUUAGAUAGAGUAUCCUCAUUUGAUCCGGGCAGCAGUUUUGUACAAAACAACACCUUUGCAGACUGAGGGAAGAAAUAAUUCAUUCUGCACUGCACGUGUUGUACGUUAUAUCAGACGGAACCCACUUUCUCGCGAGAUUAGGUGGUUGGUGGCGGCUGUGGCUGUGGCCCCGUCUGAAACUAGACGGAGUUGUUGCUGACAUUUGAAUGAAAACGUUGUGAAAAGUUACCCCGUAGACUCAUGAAAUAAUGGCUUCAGCACUAGAACAGUUUGUGAAUAAUGUGCGGCAGCUCUCGGCGCAAGGUCAGAUGACCCAGCUGUGUGAACUGAUCAAUAAGAGCGGAGAGCUUCUGGCGAAGAACCUGUCCCACCUUGACACUGUUCUGGGGGCCCUGGACGUUCAAGAGCACUCGCUUGGGGUGCUGGCUGUGCUGUUUGUGAAGUUCUCCAUGCCAAACAUCCCCGACUUUGAGACUCUGUUCUCUCAGGUCCAGUUGUUCAUUAGCACUUGCAAUGGAGAGCACAUCAGAUAUGCAACUGACACGUUUGCUGGCCUCUGCCAUCAGUUAACAAAUGCCCUGGUGGAACGGAAGCAGCCUCUACGUGGCGUCAGCAUCCUGAAGCAGGCCAUAGACAAAAUGCAGAUGAACGCCAACCAGCUUACCUCAGUGCAUGCAGACAUGUGCCAGCUCUGCCUGUUAGCGAAGUGUUUCAAGCCGGCCGUCCCCUACCUGGACCUGGACAUGAUGGACAUCUGCAAGGAGAACGGCGCCUACGACGCCAAGCACUUCCUGUGUUACUACUACUACGGAGGCAUGAUCUACACCGGCCUCAAGAACUUUGAGCGAGCACUGUAUUUUUACGAACAGGCCAUAACCACUCCAGCAAUGGCGGUCAGCCACAUUAUGCUCGAAGCGUAUAAGAAGUACAUCCUGGUGUCCCUCAUCCUCCAUGGCAAGAUGCAGCAGCUGCCCAAGUACACGUCCCAGAUCGUGGGCAGGUUCAUCAAGCCCCUGAGUAACGCGUAUCACGAGUUGGCCCAGGUGUACACCACCAACAACCCAGCAGAGCUGCGUGGCCUCUUGACCAAGCACGGUGAGGUGUUCGCCCGCGACAACAACACAGGGCUGGUCAAGCAGUGCCUGUCCUCCCUCUACAAGAAGAACAUCCAGCGGCUAACCAAGACGUUCUUGACGCUGUCCCUACAAGACAUGGCAAGUCGAGUGCAGCUGUCUGGACCUCAGGAAGCAGAGAAGUACGUCCUACACAUGAUUGAAGAUGGUGAAAUCUACGCUAGUAUUAACCAGAGAGACGGCAUGGUCUGUUUCCACGACAACCCUGAAAAAUACAACAACCCUGCAAUGCUUCACAAAAUCGAUCAGGAGAUGCUGAAAUGCAUUGAGUUGGAUGAGAGGCUGAAGUCUAUGGAUCAGGAGAUUACAGUCAACCCUCAGUUUGUGCAGAAGAGUAUGGGAACGCAGGAAGACGACGUCGGCAGCAAGACCUCCAGCUACUCCUGAGGGCCUGUGGCGCCCCCUGGCUGUGGCUUAGUGCCCAAUGAUUCAGUAUGGACAAUAUUCAUGGAAAACUAUACACGUGAAUCAUUUGUUUAUUCCCGUCCCCACCCCAUUCCACCCUACUAUGAAGCCCCCCCACACACACACACACACACACACACACACACACACACACACACACACAUAUAUAUAAACACCCAUCCACGCAUCAAAAGCGUUUUUUGUCAGUGUUUUUAUUUAUCGAUGUGGAGCUGGAAGAGCAGAUCCUGUUUUAACCAAAAUUAAACACAACGCGUCCCAGCCGGCAGCUAACUCUGGCCCGACAUGGACCUGGAUCUGCGCCGGUCCACUCGAUCGGCUCUCAACCUGACCGGCCCGUGAUCUGCUGAUCCAGUAGCCAUGCCAACGUCAGACUCCGCUGCCGCCAGGGGUGGUGAUGAUGAUGAUGUGAUCCGAUCCGAUCCGAUCCGAUCCUCUUGGUUUCCGUACGGUGGUGACCCACACACACACACACCCACCACCCCCACCCUUCACUUCUCUUUGGCCUCCGUACGGUGGACACACACACACGCACACACACACACGCACACCCACGCACGCACAAACACGCACACACACACACACACACACACACCCUCCACCUUUCUGUGUUUCUCUUUGUAGACACUGGUUUGCUUUCCCUGUUUUUCUUUUUGCCUUAUGCGGCUCUUCUGUAGGUGAACAUGUAUGGAAUGCACAUAACAACAACAACAACAACAACAACAACAACAACAACAACAACAAAAAAGAGAAGUCCCUCUCAGUGUGCUGUAGUUUGUUUGGUGUGGGUGUGAUUCAGCAGCAAUGCUGUGGCGAUGGAGGGUGAAUUCGGGUGGAGGGUAUCCACUGUGGGGUUCUGUUUCCUUCAGCUCUUGGAGUUGGGAAAGAAGCAUGUUAUUUGAUGGAUAGCUCAACACAUCAUUAAAAAAAUGUACAGCCUUCA